GCUCCUCUUGCCUCGGGACAAGUCGGAGCAGUGACUUGCGAGAACAUCCCAUCCAAAACCACUCGGAGCGCGCGUGGGAUUGCGCAGCCGAGAGAGCGAGGGAGGGAAAGACAGCGCGCAGAGCUUAGGACGCAGGUCUUCGGGUCCUCGGUGGAGAGGAGGAAGCAGCCGACGCGGGACAGGGCCUCCCAGGCUCUGUACCGACAGCAUGAGUUUCCCGCGAGGCUCCCACGAUCUGCCCGCGGGCAACUCCAGUCCUUGGUGGCCUCUGACCACGGAGGGCGCCAACGGCAGCCGAGAGGCAGCGGAGCUUGGGAAAGGUGGCAGCCCGCCGGGGGACGUACGCAACGAGGAGCUGGCCAAGCUGGAGAUCACCGUGCUAGCGGUGAUUUUCGUGGUGGCCGUGCUGGGCAAUAGCAGUGUGCUGCUGGCGCUGCAUCGCACGCCACGCAAGACAUCCCGCAUGCAUCUCUUCAUCCGACACCUCAGCCUGGCAGACCUGGCGGUCGCCUUCUUCCAAGUAUUACCACAGCUGUGCUGGGACAUCACCUACCGCUUCCGCGGCCCGGACUGGCUGUGCCGCGUGGUGAAGCACCUGCAAGUGUUUGCCAUGUUCGCGUCUUCCUACAUGCUGGUGGUGAUGACUGCUGACCGCUACAUCGCUGUGUGUCAUCCGCUCAAGACCCUGCAGCAGCCCGCGCGCCGCUCGCGCCUGAUGAUCGCCGCCUCUUGGGUGCUGAGUUUCGUUCUAAGCAUACCACAGUUCUUUAUCUUCUCUGUCAUCGAAAUCGAGGUGAACAAUGGCACCAAAGCCCAAGACUGCUGGGCUACCUUCAUCCAGCCCUGGGGUACCCGCGCCUACGUAACCUGGAUGACCAGCGGGGUCUUCGUGGCACCCGUGGUCAUCUUGGGUACCUGCUAUGGCUUCAUCUGCUACCACAUCUGGCGCAACGUCCGCGGGAAGACAACGUCGUUACGACAGAGCAAGGGUGGCAAGAGCUCUGGGGAAGCCACAGGUCCCUUCCACAAGGGGCUUCUGGUCACGCCUUGUGUCAGCAGUGUGAAGAGCAUUUCCCGCGCCAAGAUCCGCACAGUGAAGAUGACCUUUGUGAUUGUAAGCGCCUACAUCCUCUGCUGGACACCUUUCUUCAUCGUCCAGAUGUGGUCAGUCUGGGAUGUCAAUUUCAUUUGGACCGAUUCAGAAAACCCUUCCAUCACCAUCACAGCAUUACUGGCUUCCUUAAACAGCUGCUGCAACCCGUGGAUAUAUAUGUUUUUUAGCGGCCACCUCCUGCAAGACUGUGUCCAAAGCUUCCCAUGUUGCCAAAGCAUGGCGCAGAAAUUCACCAAGGAUGACUCGGAUAGCAUGAGCCGGAGACAGACUUCUUAUUCUAACAACCGGAGCCCGACGAACAGCACUGGGACAUGGAAGGACUCACCUAAAUCUUCCAAGUCCAUCAGAUUCAUCCCUAUUUCCACUUGAUCAGCACAUCCAUGCAGCCCCAC